GGGGCCGGUCCCACGUGCUGGGGCGGCGGGGAGCCGGGACCAGCUGCUGCGCUUCCACCUCCUCGCCUGCCCGCCCGCCUGCGGUCCCUAGCCCGGCCAGUCCUGGAGGUGAGCACCUUACCGGGACCGCCUCCAGGUUGCCCCGGCCCAGGGUCCGCCUGGAGAUAAAGUGUAGCAAUGGCUGCUGUGUAUUCUGGCAUUUCCCUUAAGCUUAAAAGCAAGACAACUUCCUGGGAAGAUAAACUAAAGCUAGCUCACUUUGCUUGGAUUUCCCACCAGUGCGUUCUUCCAAAUAAAGAACAAGUAUUACUUGAUUGGGCAGGACAGUCGUUAGUUGCAUUUUAUAAGAAAAAACUUGAACUGAAGGAAGAUGUUGUUGAAAGGCUUUGGAUCUAUAUAGAUGGCAUUCUACGUAGCAAAAAAUUACAAAAUGUCCUCAAGAAUGGAAAGACCGUUAAUCUUCAGCUUUCCCUGGUCAAGAUCAUAAAUGAGAGAAUAGCCGAGUUCUCCCCUUUGGGACCCCAGAGAAACGUCUGUGCUGUGCUCAGCUGCUGCCAGGGCAUCCUCUCGACACCCAGCCUUGCUGUCGUCUACACGGCCAGACAGGAGCUGAUGGUGGCCUUGCUGAGUCAGCUGUGCUGGGCAGCCUGCAGGCAGCCGGAAGGAGCCGUGGUGGCCCCGUUAUUUGAGGUCAUUCACCUGGCCCUUGGCCAUUACCUCUUGAUUCAGCAGCAGCAGGUCAACCCAAGACGUGCCUUCGGGGAGAUGACCGGGCACCUGCUCCAGCCUUGCCUGGUCCUGAGGCACCUGCUCUCAGGAGGUGCCUGGGCGCGAGCUGGCCACGGCCAGCCACGGCAGGCUCUGGGCCGGGACCUUAGGGGUCAGAUCGAGGCCAUGCUUCGAGGCGGAGCUUUCCAGCCCGAGCUGCUUCCGUCCUACAAAGAGGAGCUCUUGGAGCAGCAGCAGGCCAACACGAAGAUGGGGGCCAUCAAGACUGUCCUGGCUCCCCUGGGCACUGUGAUUGGCAAGCUGGUGGAUCCUGGCUACUGCCAACCAGGCCUUCAUGCUGCCGUGGUGGCUGGCUCUGUGCCCUUGCUGUACAAGCUCUUUCUGGACUCCUACUUCUGCGAGGGGAGUCAGCUGCUGUGCUUCCAGGUGCUCCCCAGGCUGUUCGACUGCUUGAGGAUGUCACACCUGCAGGAGGAGCAGCCAGGGGCCCUGCCCAUGCCAGACUGGACGGCAGAACUCCUGGCUGUGGAGCAGCUGCUCACCACGGUGGCGAGCACUGGUGUGUACAACGUGGCUGCCGACAGGAUCCGGCAUGGUGAGGCCCAGUUCCGCUUUUACCGCCGCCUGGCCGAGCUGCUGCUGAAGUGCUCACAGGCGCCCGUGCCAGCCUGGUUCCGCUGCCUCCAGGUCCUGGUGUCUCUGAAUCAUUUGGUCCUGGAGCCGGACCUGGGCGAUCUGCUGGCCUCGGCGUGGAUUGGUGCGGAAGUAACAGACUCUCGAACCAGAAAGGCCCAGGAAGCCCUUCUUCACACACUCUUCCAGACGUAUGUCAAACUGCGGCAAGUGCCGCGGCUGUUUGAGGAGGUUUUGGGGGUGAUCUGUCGUCCAGCUGCUGAGGUGCGGACGCCGCUGGUGCUGGCCUUGGGCCCCUCUGCGGUGCUCCGAGAGUGCCUCCUGGAGUUGCCUCCGAGUCAGGUCUUGGACACGUGGUCCCUCUUGCUGGACAAGUUCCAGUCUUCGGUCCUGCCUGACUUGCGGGGUGACACCGACGUGGCCCUGAAGGCACUGUCCCUGAGCUCACUGCUGCACUGCGUCAUGUGCAACAUGAGAACCUUGGACAGUGGCACACCUCUGCCGGUCGUCAGACGGAUGCAGUGUGUGAUGGAGAGGAUGCUCCGAGUGCUGCUGCAGCCCCUGCUGGACCUUCUGCCGGAUCCCUCAGGCCCAGAGCCUGAGCUGUGGCUGCAGAAGGCCUGUGAUUGUGUGCUGCUGCUCUCUUGCACCUGGGCCCAGGUCGACACCAUGCUCAGUUUAAACUGUAGCUGGUACCACGCUGUGUCUGAGGCUCCUACAGGUGUUGCUCUGGAGAGCCCGAACCGCCCUUCGUUGCUCCCAGGUAUAGAAACAUACCAGUGGAAGAAGAUAGAAAAGGCUACAGGUCAGGUCAAGUCCCUUGGCAGGUACUGCUUAGAACAGCUCUACCUGCAGAAAAUGAAGAGGACUUUAAUGCAAACCGGUUUCCAAUCGGAAGAAGCCCUGCGCACGCUGGGAAGUGAUGCUGCCUACAUUCUUGGUUCUGGCAGAGAAAGCUUGGCUCAGAGUACAGCAGCCUCCUGGGACGGCCAAGUGACCACAGUGAGCAUGCUCACGUACCCUGUGGCACACUGGCACUUGAUUGUGUCAAAUCUCACAAUCUUACUGCCCUAUCUUUGUCCAGGUGAUGUGAGAUACCUGGCUGGUGUCCUGCUGAGAACUGUGCAAAUGCACAAAGGCCAGGAAGGCUCAGCAGACGAAGAGCCAAACAUCACGCUAGGAAAAGUAUCCGAGGCCUUGCUGCACAACCCUCUCUUUCCAGAAAUGCAGUCGCUUCAUUCUGCGUUCUUACUGUGCCUGAGCACGCAGUGUACUAGCAUUCUGUGUGCAGGCGCCCGGAGCCACCCAGGGAUUCUCCAGCAGCAGCUGCCCUGGCUUUUUGAAAAGGACUCCAUAGAUGUAGCUCAUUGGGAAAACACGUUUACAAAAGUCGGACCCGAUGGUGUAGAAGCAAGAGGAGAACUCGCCCAGAACUUCCUGGCCUUGGUCAGGGGUGACUUCCCCAUUCAGCUGGAGGCGGAGCAGUUGGAGAGCCUCCUGGGGCUUUUGGAAGUCAUUGCUGCUCUGGAGCUGGACAGCCUCUUGUCCCCCUGCCACAUGCACUACUUCCUUCUGUUACUGUCCAUGGCCGUCGCCAAGCUGGGGGACUCGUGCUCCCUCUCGCUGACCCUCCAGUUCUUGAUGACUUGCUAUCGGCUUCUUGGUUGCCUGCAAAGAGGGAAGAGUGCUCGCUCCGUGCUCAAGGUUAUGUACAUCAGUGACAUUUUUGAAAUCAUCCUGACCUCGCUGUUCAAAGCCAGUAGUGGACUUCUGAUUGACAGUGAUGACUCCUCUUGGCUGGAACUCCUCCAGGUGAUAGGGACACUGUUAGAGCAGCUGCUGCAGGUGCUCGUCCAGGGAAAGCUCAGCAUGGCGCUCAAUUUUGGGAAAAUCAUUGCCUUCCUCUCGCGGUGCCAGGAGUGCAGUGCAGCGACUGCAUGUGGACAGCUGGGAGCCCAGCACCCUCUCGGCCGGCAGGUCCUUCUGGUGUCUUUAACCAAGUUGUGCCAAGUCUUGGGGCCUUUUGUCCAAGGGCGGAAGCGUCACGAGGCCCCAGACGUGCUGCCGGGGCUCCUGCUCCAGGCGGGGGCUGCACUCCAUCUCUGUGCAGCGGGCGGGCCCUGGGGGCGGCCCCCACAUGCUGCUUUCCUGUCGGCGGUCAGUGUGCUGCUGGAGGCUGACGUGGGCCAACACUGCGGCUGCAGGGGAACAGAGAGCGUGCAGCUCUCCCACGCUGCCUUCUGCCGCAGCGUUUUCUCCCAGGUCCUCUCGGACUUGCCCGCUCUUGCAGGAAGUCCCCAGGCUUUCCCGGCAGCCGUGCGAUUUUUAACGCUGUUCCUUUUGGCCCCAGAACUACAUCCCAAGGAGGAGUCUGUUUUUACUUCCACGUUACAUUCUGUGAGGAAAGUUCUUGCAGAUACUGCCGUUCCUGUUCAAGUAAGUCAGGAUAUCGAGUCUCAUUUCGGAGCCUUGUUCACCCAAAUGUUAGAGGUUGGGACGACAGAGGACUUCAGGACAGUGAUGCGGUGUAUCCUGCAGGGACUGGACGUCAGGAACGUGUGGACAGCAGACCUGCCGGCCAUUUUGUCGGCUCUUUCGCUGACCAAGCUGCUGCUGGCCUGCCCGUUCGGUGGAGAGAAGGCAAGUCUGUUCUGGCGAGCGUGUCCCCAGAUAGUGACGGCUCUGACGCUGCAAAACCGAGAGGCAUGUCAGGAGCAUCCGGUGCCCCUAGGGGUGAUCAGGCGUGUGUUGGACGUCCUGGCUGCCUUGCUGCGGCGUGGGGAGGAGAGCAUCAGCAACCCGCACCACGUCGGCCUGGCCUUCAGCAUCCUGCUGACCGUCCCGCUGGACCACCUGAAGCCCGCGGAGUACGGCAGCAUCUUCCGGAGCAUGCACAGUGUGCUCUUCUCAGUCCUGCAGUGUCAUCCGCAGGUAAUGCUGAAAGCCAUCCCUUCUUUCUUGAACUGUUUCAAUAGGUUGUUGUUUUCAGUUAUGCACGAAGGGCGGCAGAAGGACAAAGGAAGCACAGACGACCUGCCAGUGGUUGUCGAGUGCGCCCGCCUGGUGGAAAGGAUGUACAGCCACAUCGCUGCACGGGCCGAAGACGUCACGGUCUUCUCCCCCUUCAUGGUGGCCCAGUAUGUGACAGAGGCACAGAAGGUCACCUUGUACCCGGCAGUGAAGCGCCUCCUGCAGGAGGGCAUCUACCUCAUCAUGGACCUGUGCAUCGAACCCGACGUCCAGUUCCUGCGGGCCUCGCUGCCCCCAGGGGUCAGGGACGCGUUCAAGGAGCUGCACAGUGACUAUGUGAAGUACCACAAGACCAGCCGCGAGGGCGAGCGCAGGUACGCCGUCUGAGCUGCGGCCGCGCAGAGCGCCGCCGCCCGGA